AUGGCGAUUCUCGCUCCUUCCUUGUCACCCCCUCCAGCGCCAUCCAUGACAGCGGCGCCCAAGCCUUUUAAAAAUGCGCCUGCCACUGUUUUUCCGCCCAACGGCGAAGCGAUGCCAACACCCGACACGGAAUCACCCAUACCCCGACUUGCGUUGGACGUGGAUUCGAUUAGUGCGGGACUGGCGUCGGCGCUGGCCACCUCUGUCGUCGCGCAUGUUUUAUUUCUGAAAAACCAAGUGCCAUUCCCCAUAAUGCAGCUCUCGCGACUGCCAAACGGAAAGUCCGCGCCGCGUGCACUCAAACUACGAACUGAGCUCCUUACCUCGUUCGACACGCUCUCUUCCCACUUGGACACCACAUUCACCGCUCUCUCGACUGCGAUGGCGCUCUGCAGGCGUAACCAGAAUCGAGCAGAUGGCACAUGUCGCGCGCAACUUGCGAUUCUGGUUGGGCCCAGCAUUGGCGCGGCGAAAACCAAAGUGAUAUUCGUUGUCGACGGGUUGGCAGCGCGAGUCUGGGGCGAGCGUGAUGAUUCAGACGAAGAUGAAAGUGGCGAUUCAGAGUCGGAAUCCGAAUCAGAUGGCGAGGAUGCAUCAGAGCCACCAGAAAGCGACUCUGAAGAGGAAGUCGAUAACGAGGAGUCGUCAGAAUCUGAGGCGGAGAAUUCGUCUUCUCCCCCACGACCAAAACCGCGCAUCCCAUUCUCCCCAGCACCGUCAACGCCGCCCACAAGCCGCGGCCCGCAUGCCCCACGCGAAACAGACAACGAGCAGCAACUAAUACGGACCGCGACCCGCCAACUGUCGCAUGCGAUGGCUACAGCAGAAAGCCUGUCUGCUGAACUCAGCUCAACACAAACACACAUCCUCCUUCAUGCCCCACGGCGAUUCAAACACCCUGCGUGGGUGCCGAGACAGACGGUCGGGAAUGCGAUGGACCGGGCAGCUGCCUCGUUUGCGGAGCAGCUUAGCGGUGAUAUCAGGGCCACGAAACGAAAGCAAAAAGUCGAAGGGGUGUGGGUCGGAUGUCGGACAACGUCAGAACUGUUGGAUGGCGAAGAUGAAGAGGAUGAGAUGAUUUGGUGGAGCUGGGACGGCAAGAUUGUCGGGUUUUCGGACUGGUGA